CAAACUGAAAGUGACGAUUCAAAAACACCUGAUCAAGACAACGAUGAGUAGAAAGUAUCUUAUUCCUAUCUUACAAAGUGGUUCGUUGAGCACAAAUGCCGAAACUUUACCUCACAGCUCUGGGUCUCUUUGCCGGCUGCGUCCGUUGCUAGGUGAUGGACGGGCAGCAGAACCAGCUCAGCGACGAAGAGCCCAAAAUCCUGCUUGAAGAGACCCGGAGGAGGAGACGAAAGAAGGCCAUCUCAUCGUCCUCCCUCCCCUCCAUGGAUCAGAUCUCCGUCGAGUUCGUCCUGCCCACCGCGGCGCGCGGCGGCACCGAAAUUCUGCUGCUGGAGGUCGCCGGAAACUGGACGGUGGAGCAGGUGAAAGCUCAGGUGUGGCUGAAGGCGGUGACUCUCAACCUCUGUCCGGACUUCUACCAGCGGUUGUCCCCCGACCACUGCAUCCUGCUGUACCAGAAGAAGGGCAACGUGUGCGAGAUCUACGACAAGCACCAGGUGUUCCAGACGCUGGACUGCAUCCGCUACUGGAAAGCCCUCAAGAAGGACGUGGGGCGGAUCCAGCUGGUCCCGCGUCCACAGCCCGCAGACGAGUCUCUGCACUACCAGAGCUACCUGAACUACCUGAUCGGCUACGACGUGACCGACGUGAGUAACGUGCACGACGACGAGCUGGAGUUCACGCGCAGGAAGCUGCUGACGCCGCGGCGCAUCGAGCUGUCCGACCGCGAUGCCAAACUCUACUCCAUGGACCCCUGGGUGGCCCGCAAGCCGCUGCCCGAGCACCUGCUCAGCAAGGUGAGCAACUCUCACAUCCUGUUGGUGAUCCACAUCAGCACGGCCAGCCAAACCAUCAAGGUCUCCAUCCAGGACACGCCGGCGCAGGUGUUGGGGAGCUUUUUCGCCAAGACGGCAAAUAAGAGAGUUUUGCUGGGCAUUCCUGAGAACAUGUGUGAGGCCGACUUUGUGCUACGUGUGUGUGGAAGGGAGGAGUACCUGUAUGGGGAUAAACCGCUUCAGGACUUCAACUGGAUUCGCCAGUGUCUGAAAGACGGGGACGAAAUCCAUCUGGUUCUGGAGUCGCCCCCUGACACAGACCUGGAUCUGGUCCAGAAGGAGGACUGGGCACAAGUGGACGACUGCACUGGAGUCGCAGGUACCCAUGAGCAGUUGACCAUCGACGAGAAGGACCAUGAGCGCGUGUUCACCGUCUCUAUGUGGGACUGUAACAGGAAGUUCAGAGUGAAGGUGCUAGGCAUCGACAUCCCAUUCCUGCCCAAAAUCCCAGAGUUCAUAGUCUUCAUAGAAGCCAGCAUCUUCCACGGCCAACAGCUGUUAGCCCAGGAGAGGACGUGCUCUAAAAACUUCAGCGAUGAAGUUCUGUGGAACUGCUGGUUGGAGUUUAACAUAAAGAUCAGGGAUCUGCCUAAAGGAGCACGACUCAACCUCCAGGUGGUCUGUGGGAAGCAGCCUCAAGCGGCAAACUCCAAAGGAGCCUCCGCCUACCAGGAUAACGCAGCGGGAACUGGCAGCCAUGAAGGAAAGACCAAGAGCCGCCUCCUGUACUACGUCAACCUGCUGCUGAUUGACCACCGCUCCCUGCUGCGCCAGGGCGAGUUCAUCCUCCACAUGUGGAAAAUGCCGGAGAAGAGCGAGGAGAGCAGCAGCAGCAUCAACGCGGACAAGCUCACCUCGGCCACCAACCCGGACAAGGCCUCCGCCAUGGCCGUCGCCAUCCUGCUGGACAAGUACUGUUACCCGGUGGUGCUGCCCAAGAGCCGCAACCUCGUGGGCCGCGACGCCAAGGACGAGGAGGCCGAGGGGGGCGAGCGGGGUCAGAGGGAGAUGCCCAACCACCUGAAGAAGCAGUUCGCGGCCAUCGUGGCCACCGACCCGCUGCACCCUCUCAGCCCCGAGGACAAAGAGCUGCUGUGGCACUUCAGGCACGAGUGCAUGCGCGACCCCAGGGCCUACCCAAAGCUCUUGGGUUCGGUGAGGUGGGGGAGACAAGAAGACGUUUUGGCGACACACCGGCUGCUGGAGCGCAGCAGCGCGUGGGACAGCAGCGGCCUGGACGUCGGUCUGGCCAUGCAGCUGCUGGACUGCCACUACUCGGACGCCCAGGUCCGCUCCAUGGCCGUCAGGAAGCUGGAGACUCUGGAGGACGACGACGUGCUCAGAUACCUCCUGCAGCUCGUACAGGCGGUCAAGUUUGAACCGUACCAUGACAGCGCCCUGGUCAGGUUCCUGCUGAAGAGAGCUCUCAGGAGUAAGCGAAUUGGCCAUUUUCUCUUCUGGUUCCUGCGCAGUGAGAUUGCCCAGUCCAUGCAUUACCAGCAGAGGUAUGCUGUCCUGCUGGAGGCCUACCUCCGAGGCUGCGGUGAAGAGAUGCUGCAGGACUUCAGGAAGCAGGUGGAGAUGACGGAGGCUCUGCAGAAAGUCACCCGCGAGAUGAAGGUCAUGUCCGCCGACAAGUGCGACGUUACUCCACAAGUGGUGUUCCAGUUGCGUCAGAAGCUGGAGACUCUGCAGUCGUCUGGUCUGCCGGAGAGUUUCAGGGUCCCUUACGAUCCUGGACUGAGAGCUGGAGCCCUGAUGAUUGAGCAGUGCAAAGUGAUGGCUUCCAAGAAGAAGCCGCUGUGGCUGCAGUUCAAAAGGGCCGACCCCACCACUCUGUCCAGGGACCCCAUCGGCAUCAUCUUCAAAGAAGGCGACGACCUCCGACAGGACAUGCUCAUCCUGCAGAUCCUGCUGAUCAUGGAGUCCAUCUGGGAGACCGAAACGCUGGAUCUGUGUCUGUUGCCCUACGGCUGCAUCUCCACUGGGAACAGAAUAGGUAUGAUUGAGAUUGUGAAGGACGCCACCACCAUCGCUAACAUCCAGCAAAGUGUCAUGGGAAGCACCGGGGCGUUUAAAGAUGAAAUCCUCUCCCAGUGGCUGCGGGAUAAGUGUGUCAGCGAGGACAAGUUCCAGCAAGCGGUGGAGAGGUUCCUGUUCUCCUGUGGUGGCUACUGUGUGGCUACCUACGUUCUGGGUAUCGGCGAUCGCCACAAUGAUAACAUCAUGAUCACUGAAUCUGGGAAUCUCUUCCACAUCGACUUUGGUCACAUCUUGGGAAAUUACAAGAGCUUCAUGGGGAUCAGUAAGGAGUGGGUUCCUUUCGUUCUCACGCCAGACUUUCUGUACGUCAUGGGAACGUCAGGAAAGAAGAUUAGCCCCCAUUUUCAGAAAUUCCAGGACGUGUGUGUGAAGGCUUACCUCGCCCUUCGGCAUCACACCAACCUGCUCAUCAUCCUCUUCUCCAUGAUGCUAAUGACCGGCAUGCCCCAGCUGACCAGCAAGGAGGACAUUGAGUACAUCCGUGAGGCACUGACGGUUGGCCGCAGCGAAGACGAGGCCCAGCGCCACCUACUGGACCAGAUAGAGAUCUGCCGAGAGAAGGGCUGGAUGGUGCAGAUCAACUGGUUUGUUCACCUGGUGUUGGGGAUCAAACAGGGUGUAGAGAAACGCUCUGCUUAAGCCUCUGCAUUAUUAGGAAAGAUUACAAUUUUCUUCAGGGAUAUCCGUUUUAUAUGUGUUUUUUUUAAGUAAAUCUUUGGGCAGGUGACUGAAAAGCUUGAGCUUUUUUUGAGAAUAAGUGCAGGUGCUUUACCAAGAUAUUGGUAAAAAGAGGCUGGAUUUUCUCAAGCAAAGCCAUAGUGAUUUGAACCUUCAUGCAUAUAAACAAGAUCCAUACAUGCUAAACUAAUGUUAUUAAUUCUGCUAUAGUGACUGUUUUUAUUGCACUGCUUGGACCAAGUCAAACAUGGACGCAAAGCUCAAUGACAUUUUUAGUGGGUUUUUUCUCAUUGUCCUAGUCUUUAAACAACAUUACUUCUCAUUUCCACACAUUUUUGCAUUUUUUAAAUGGGAAAUGACUGCUAAAAACAGUGAGUAAAGAUUUUGGUCAAAUUAAAAAAAACGUAAGAAACAAACCAAAAAACUUUUGUUAUCCCUUGAAAAACCAAAACUACUUCUAGUUUCUAGUUGUCAUAUCUGCUGACACAUUUCUCUCACCUUUCCUUUGCAUUGUCUUCAUUUCAAAUCGUAAUACGUAAUACACUGUUUAUUGGACUCUCACUGAGGUAGUGCUGCACUGUCUGGGUAAUUGUAUUUGGGAAGAUCAGUCUAUUCAAAUAGUAUAUAUUUAUAACUGUUGUUACAGGCUCAUUUCUAGGUCUGUUGGUCACGUUUAGCACAUGCUGGUCAGUGCUGUGGUGACGUACAGUAGACGGUGGAACUACAUUUGUCUAUGUCUACCAAUGAAUUUGAUAUUUUCAUUACAUUAUUAAGACAAUGCAAAGUGAAAAUUAUUCUGUACAAGAUCACUUAUGUCUUAAAUAUCAUAUGUUUAUCAUAUCAUAUCAGCUGUUAAAGCAAACUUUAACAGAGUGAAAGCUUGUUUCUUGUGUCAUUUUGUUGAAAUGAAUUUCACAAUUAAACCGAAAUCACAUUUAGAUACUGAGGCGGUUUACUAUAAAAGGCAAAACAAAACUCACUAUUAUGGGGUUGUAAUCACAGAUUAUUGUUAUUUUAUAUAGGAGCAAUUUAUUUCCUAGAGAUGAAAGCUACAACAAGCUUCAUCAGUUUGAAAGACUUUUAACACUUUCAUAAAAAAGGUAUUAAACAUUUUAUUUUUAAUGUCUGUCUGUUGUCUGAUAUGACUGUAAUUUUUUUAAAUCAUUUAUAUUGGAAAUACAAUGUAUACGUAAUGAGGUCAGGCUAUUGAAGUUAUCUUAUCGGAGUUAUCAAACUUACUACCUGUUUGCAUGUAAUACCUAAAAUAUUGCACAUUUCUAUCCAUCAUGUCUUUCCUUUUUACAUGCUUGUCUGAAAAAGUCCUCCAAUAAUAAGGAAAAAGAGGUUCCUGACUCAUUUAAUAUAUAAACAGUGAUAAUCAAUAUUUUCCACAAGGUGGCGCAACACCAUAAGCCUUCUCCUUGGGAUACAGGAUACAGACUAUCACUAUCAAGCCUCCUCUCCUCUGCUCCUUUGCCUCCUUCUACCCUACUCUUCCUCUAAUAAUUCUUCUGUUCAUUCCUGUCAGUUCCCUAUUCAUCCCUACAUAUGCUCCUGUUUUUCUCUCCCACUCUUUUCCAGUGCAAUUAGAACAGGAAAGGUACAUGUGGGUGUGAGUGCACUGCACAAGAAACAAGUGUCUUUCAUGCCACUUAGUGUUGCGGCUGUUAUCUGCUGUGUAUGUUGUGAUGUACAGGGUGUUCAGUGACUAAAUGGAUUUGGACAGAUAAGUCUCUUUAUUCCCUGUGGCUUUAAGGCCUCCCCCCCGCUCUUUGUUACCCUGCUAAAUGUAAGCUUUUUAACAAGGAGAAUGCAUUUAACCUGGAGAUGAGGGGAGUGAAGAGAACCAGAUGUGAAUGAAUCGCAGAACCUCUUCUCGCUUUUUUACUUGUUUCUCGUUAACAUUCCUAUUGUUACAGAUAUAGGUCUUUAUGUUAUAAUGUAGCGUGUCUGAAGUUCCAAAAUGUAUAUGGUUCUGUUACUGUUAGUGUUGCGCGGACCAGGGUUGGGGUGCCGCCCCUUCCGGGGGUUUUGGGCGCGAAUGUUGGGGGGUCGGGUGUGCUGGAAGACCUGUGUUUGGUUGGUGUGAAGAGAAUAAACCCAAUUCAUUAUAAACCUGG